AUGGAGCAGAAGGGACCGAAAGUGUUCAUCCUGAACGGCGCGGCGGGGUCGGGCAAAGAUACCCAAUGCAGGCUCAUCGCACAGAAGUACAACUUUGCAAUAAUAACAAUCAGCGAGUUGCUAAAGGAGUAUGUUUCGGAGAAUGAAGAGACAGGAGGGGGCACAAGUCCAAGUCAAGAAGAUGAAUGCACCGAAGGAGUGGAAAAAAAAAACGAAGACAUAGAGAGAAUAAAAAAAUGCAUGAAGGAUGGGUCAUUAGUGCCGGACGACACUGUCAUAAAAGUAUUUGUGCACCGUUUAGAAAAAUACAUAAAUGGAGAGGAACCAUGUGCAGGCAUCGUACUUAAUGGUUUCCCAAGGACAUACGAACAGGCACUGCUGUUUGCAAAAAAUGGCAUCGAAGUUACAAGCUUUAUCAACAUACAGGUGAAGAAGGACAAGUUACUUAGCCGAAUAAGUAACAGAAUGGUCGACCCAGUUACCAACAUAAAUUAUAACGCCAAGGGGGUGGAAGUUAUGUUAAAAAAAAAGCAAGGGACACACUUAACUCCAGAAGAGGAACUGGUAUUAUCCUCUCAGGGGGAUGCAUUUAAAAAUAUAAGUGAUGAAGUCAUUACUAGGAUAACCAAAAGAGCAGAUGACAACGAGGCUACCUUUUUAAAGAGGUUUCAUUUGUAUGAACAGAAUGAGGAGAAAAUAAUUUCCCUCUUCCCAACAGUCUAUCGGAGUGUAGACGGGAAUGGCUCCAUCGAAGAGACCUUCGUGCAGAUAUGCGCCAUUUUAGACGGGGGGCACAAAUACACACGGCUCACCUGA